GUGGAAUAGUAAUGGCCGAACUAGUAAUAGUACAGGUAGAGACAGCAGCUAUUAGGUAGCAGAAGAGGAAAGGACGUCUUAAACACCGAAAAGAAGAUACAAAAAAAAGAAGCUAAUGGUACUCAAUAGUAGUACCGGUUGUUGUGGUUGUUGUCUUAAUGGUAUAGUAAUGAAGUGAAACGGUAAUGGCGGACUGGCUCGCCCCCCCCCCCUCCCUCAGCAUCCCCAUAAUGUUGUAGCCGGGCUCGUCGUGAAUGUACACGAUGCAGCAGACCUCAGUGAUACACAGUAAGACUUUCCACAACGGCGUCACACGGAGACUCGGGUGACGACAGAAACCCCAAGUGUGGAACUGGGAAGACAACCAAGCACUCCAGUGGAAGAUUAAUUUGUACGUGUGUAUUCGUGCACAUAUCUGGAAACAUGAAUGGGUUGGUGUAUGUGACGCAGAAAUAGUUCUGGUGUCCAUUAUGCUUGAGGAGGACAUUAUGAACUGCACCAUCAGCCAUGAAAUCCACCAGUACCUCUUUUCCUUUGUUUAUAUCCUCGUACUCUUGGUGGGUGUUCCCUCCAACCUAUACUCCCUGUACCAUGCAGUGCUGCAGCUGAAGCAAAAGAAUGAAUUGGGGGUUUACUUGAUAAACCUCACCGUGUCGGAUCUUUUAUACUUGGCAUCAUUACCACUCUGGCUCCAGUACAUUUUCCAGGAUGACGAUUGGCGUCACAGGGAAUGGUUGUGCCAGUUGUGUGGCUUUCUUCUCUAUGAGAACAUCUACAUCAGCAUCGGCUUCCUGUGCUGUAUCAGUCUGGACCGCUACCUGGCUGUGGUCCAUCCUUUAAGGUUCACCUCCCUCCGUUCCAUGGGCGUCGCCGCUCUUUUCAGCGCCAUCAUCUGGCUAAAGGAGAUUGCGGUCGGGGUUGUUUUCUUCCGCCAUAAAGAGCUGAGUCAAAACCCCCACAACCAGUCGGUGUGUUUCGAGCACUACCCCAUGCAACCUUGGGAGUAUCCAAUCAACUAUUACCGCUUCACCGUUGGUUUCAUUUUUCCACUGGCCAUUCUGCUGGUCAGCUACCUGUGUGUGCUCCGUGCCGUGGGUCAGAGUGCGGGCACGCAACCAGUUCAGAAGACCAGAAUCCGUCAGUUAGUGAGCAGCACCAUCCUCAUCUUCCUCAUCUGCUUCUCCCCGUACCACAUCUUUCUGUUGGUUCGCACCGUCCUGGAGCGGGACUGCAACUUUAUCACAGGAAUAUUCAACUACUACCACCUGGCGUUGUUGUUGACCUCUCUCAACUGCGUGGCUGACCCCGCUCUCUACUGCUUCGUCAGCGAAAGCGCCCGCCACGGAUUUUUCAGGGCCUUUUUUCGACCUGCUACCAGGGUUCUUUGCUGCUGCCUCGGCGGCGGCGCCGCCAGCCUCGCCAACGUCACGACGGAAUCCCACGAGGUCCCGACUCGGAUCUCUCACAUGAGCAACAACUGCAAAAAUAUCAUUUUAAUUACCGCAGAUGAUAAAAAAACAAUCACACCGUUAACUUGAUGGAAAGAUUAUUGUUGAGGACAAGCAGAAGACAGUCAGAAUAUCACAUACUGUAAAGUAUUAUUAUUAUUAUUAUUAUUAUUAUUAUGAAGUCAAUGGAUCCGAUGAACAAGCAUCACGUCUUCAUGGUCUUAUUGUCUUUACAUCCACUCCAUGCACUACAGUUACUAUUUAUACCCAUUAGCACAUACAUAUUAGCAUCAUACGGGGCCAGUAUUGCAGCUACCUAGACCUGUUCCACUAUUUUCUACUUGAAAUUCCAUGGACUUAUUUUGUGUUUUUACCUUUAAUUUGUUACAUAUUUACAAUAAAA